GCUAAGGACGUGCUGAUGAGGUGUGCGGGUACGGCUCUGAACUCGAAGCUCAUCUCCUCGCAGAAGAACCUGUUCGCACCUAUGGUGGUCGAAGCCGUCUCCAACCUGGACCAGCAGCUGUUGGAUCUUAGCCUCAUCGGCGUGAAGAAGGUCGGCGGCGGCAGCGUAACCGACAGUUUCCUGGUGAAGGGGGUCGCGUUCAAGAAGACCUUCAGCUACGCCGGUUUUGAGCAGCAGCCCAAGAGCUUUGACAACCCGGGCGUGUUGCUGCUCAAUGUCGAGCUCGAGUUAAAGAGCGAGAAGGAAUCGGCGGAGGUGCGCAUCUCCGACCCGGACAUGUACCAGGAGAUCGUGGACGCGGAAUGGAACAUCAUCUACGACAAGCUCGAGAAGUGCGUGGCGAGCGGCGCGAAGAUCAUCCUCUCCAAGCUACCAGUGGGAGACUUGGCCACGCAGUUCUUCGCAGACCGCAACCUGUUCUGUGCCGGCCGCGUGGCGCAGGACGACAUGGAGAGGGUGGCUAAGGCAACGGGAGGCAAGGUGCAGACGUCCAUCCACGGGAUCACGCCCGAUGUGGUUGGGCACUGCGAGAGGUUCGAGGAGACGCAGCUAGGAAACGAACGGUGGAACCUCUUCACCGGCUGCCCCGAGGCGCGAACGGCAACCAUUGUCCUCAGGGGUGGCUCGGAGCAAUUCAUGGAGGAGUCUCACAGAAGCAUCCACGACUCGCUCAUGAUCGUCAAGCGCUGCCUCAAGAACCGCGAGGUGGUGGCCGGAGGGGGUGCCAUCGAGAUGGAGCUUUCCAAGGCUCUCCGCGACCACUCCAAGACCAUCAAGGGGAAGCAGCAGCUGAUCAUGAGCUCCUACGCAAAAGCGUUGGAGAUCAUCCCCAGGCAGCUGGCGGACAAUGCCGGGUUUGACGCGACGGACUUGUUGAACCGUCUCCGACAGAAGCACGCCAGGGGUGGCGAUGCGGGCAAGUGGUUCGGAGUCGACGUAGACACCGAGGGUGUGUGCGACACCUUCGAGUCUGGCGUGUGGGAGCCGACGAUCAACAAGCGAAACUCGCUGCGGUCUGCAACGGAGGCUGCUUGCCUUAUCCUUUCCAUCGACGAAACCGUCAAGAACCCCCAGGGGGCUCCGAGCCAGGGCGUUGGGCUGGGCCGGGGAGGCCCGAUCAGCGCGGGGAUGGGGGGACAGGGGAUGGCAGGAAUGAUGGGAGGUGGGGGGCGCGGCCAGAGGCCCGGAGUAAAGAUGAUGAAGGGCAGGGGAGGCGCGUAACUGGUGUGCUUCCCUAGAAGCGG